AUGUAUUAGGGUUUGAAAUAUUAUGUGUAAGUUUAUUAAGAAUAUCUCAUUCGAUACAAAAUAGAGGAUCAAAUUUUGAACAAUUCAAAUCAGUUAUUAAAUAAAUUAUUUUAAUAGUUGAAACUUUUCUAAAUAGGUUUGUGUGGACUAUUUCAUAAUGAUUUGAAACCAGAAAAUAUUCUAGUUUGUUUAACUUAUGAAUAUGUUAAAGUAUUAGUUGAUAAAGGAUAGAUUAAUUAUCGUUAAUAAUUUAUAUGUGUUGGAAAAGAUUGCAAAAAUUUUUUAGACAUAAAGGAAUUUUAAGAAAUUUAAUUGUGA